ACAUAAACCAAACACACACACACACGCGCGCAUUGAGCUUGAUAAGCGAUUUACAGUUACACGGGAUCCCAAACCAGCACGCAAUUCAAUUCCCGGCCAAUUGAAGCCAUUAAACGAGAGAGAAACCGAGAGAGAGAGAGGAGGCGACACCACACACACAUACACAAACUGCAACAAGACGCAGCGUUCUUUGUUGCAAAUUACCGUUGGGCCUCCCCACUUCCAUUGGCCCCACCGAUCCACGAUCCGCGAUCCACGAUCCGCCAGCCAGUAGCUUCCAGUCGGCGCUCCGAUGCAGACGUCUCGCUGAGGAAGAAGAAGAAGAAGAAGAAGAGGAAGUGGAAGAACUGGAAAGGAGCACAACCAUGUCGGCGGUGAACCAGAAGGAGAGUCCCAGCCGGGACUCCACUGCCUCCACAUCCGGCCACAUCUCGAUGCUGGCGGACAACACACUGGAAUCGCUAUCGCGGGACUACAGCCUGGGCAGCCUGAACUCCGCCGGGAGCCAGGACGAGUUCUUCCGGUGCCGCGACCAUGCGGACAACAUCCUCAAGCGGAUGCAGCUCUACGUGGAUAGCCAGCAGCUCUGCGAUGUGGUCCUCAUCGCGGGAAUCGAUGGCAAGAGAGUCCCCGCCCACCGCCUGGUGCUAUCGGCGUCCAGCGCCUACUUCUCGGCGAUGUUCACGGGAUCGCUGCGCGAGACGAAGGAGCAGGAGGUGACCCUCGGCGAGGUGCACGGGGAUGCGCUGCAUUUGCUGGUGCAGUACUGCUACACGGGCUUCAUCGAGAUGCGCGAGGACACCGUGGAGACGCUGCUGGCCACCGCCUGUCUGUUGCAGCUGAACGCCGUGGUCACUGCGUGCUGUAACUUCCUGGCCCGCCAGCUGCAUCCAUCCAACUGCCUGGGAUUCGCCUUCUUUGCGGAGCAGCAGAGCUGCACGACGCUGCUGCGUUUGGCGCAGGCCUACACCUGCCAGUACUUCAUGCAGGUGUGCCAGAACCAGGAGUUCUUCCAGCUAAACGCCGACCAGCUGGGCAAGCUGCUGAGCAGCGAUGAUCUCAACGUGCCCUCCGAGCAGGAUGUCUUCCACAGUCUGAUGUCGUGGGUUCGCCACGAUUCCACGGCCCGCGAACAGCACAUCCCGGAGCUAUUGGCCCUCGUCCGGCUGCCCCUGCUCCAGCCCGCUUUCAUCAUGGAUCAUGUGGAGAACGUGUGCCAGGCCAACGAGUGCCAGCAGCUGGUGAUGGAGGCCUUCAAGUGGCAUUUGAUGCCCGAGCGAAGAUCUCGGAUAGCCACCGAGCGGACAACGCCGCGCAAAUCGACGGUGGGCCGCCUGCUGGCCGUCGGCGGCAUGGAUGCCCACAAGGGAGCCAUCAGCAUCGAGAGCUACUGCCCGCGUCUGGACAAGUGGACACCGUGGAAGCACAUGACCGGUCGUCGCCUGCAGUUCGGUGCCGCUGUGAUGGAGGAUAAGCUGAUACUCGUAGGCGGACGCGAUGGCCUGAAGACGCUGAACACCGUGGAGAGCUUGGACCUGAAUACGAUGGCCUGGGCGCCACUCAACGCCAUGGCCACGCCGCGGCAUGGACUGGGCGUGGCGGUGCUGGAGGGACCGCUCUAUGCGGUGGGCGGUCACGACGGCUGGAGCUACCUGAACACGGUGGAGAGAUGGGAUCCCAUUGCCCGCACCUGGAGCUAUGUGGCGCCCAUGUCCUCGAUGCGCUCCACCGCCGGCGUGGCUGUUUUAGGCGGUCGUCUCUAUGCGGUGGGCGGACGCGAUGGCUCCGUCUGCCAUCGCUCCAUCGAGUGCUACGAUCCGCACACCAACAAGUGGAGCCUCCUGGCGCCGAUGAACCGACGACGCGGCGGUGUGGGGGUGACGGUGGCCAAUGGCUUCCUCUACGCCUUGGGUGGCCACGACUGCCCGGCCAGCAAUCCGAUGGUCUGUCGCACGGAGACAGUGGAACGCUACGAUCCAGCCACCGAUACCUGGACACUGAUCUGCUCACUGGCCUUGGGCCGGGAUGCGAUUGGCUGCGCCCUGCUGGGCGAUCGCCUGAUCGUCGUCGGCGGCUACGAUGGCAAUCAUGCGCUGAAGAGCGUCGAGGAGUACGACCCCGUGCGCAACGGAUGGAACGAACUGGCGCCGAUGGCCUUCGCGAGGGCCGGCGCCUGUGUGGUGGCCAUUCCGAAUGUCAUACCGCCGGCGGCCCAACAGCCGCCGCCCAGUGCUACAAAAAAGAAGAAGUGGAAGCCAGUGAGAUUGGAUCCAAUCUGCUAUAAUAGGCGUCCCAGAUCUGUCGAGUUUGUCGACUACUAUAACAUGUAAAUGCAAGACAGACAACAACUAUAAACACUUAAGUCAAGCUACAAAAAACACAAGAAAAACGUAAAAAAAAGAAGAUUUAAAAAAAGAAUCCAAAUAUUACGUAUUAUUUUAUAUUUACACAUAUAUAUAUUUUUACACAAAACAUACACUGCAUAAAUGUAUACACUGGAUAUGUAUUUUUUGUAAUAAAAGCGAAAAU